AUGCUCUUCUCUGGAGCCAAGAUCUUAAACUUGGGCUUAUCCAUUCUCAGCUGCAUUGCGGCUAGACCAAUCUACCCCCGACUCCCUCCAGGACAGCUCAUCGGAUACCGCACUACGCGUCCAGCCCAAGCUGCUAAAUGGAUUAAAGCUGGAACUGUCACGCCCGAUGACAACAUCAAUGGUAUCCAGAUAGGCGAGGGUGCCUACACGUCUCCCGUAAUUGGUGAUUGGAUUGGAGCGCCAACCUACCAGUACUGUGCUAUCUCAGCUGAUUCUAAUGCUUGGAACGCGAUCUCUAAGGCCUGGAUUCCUGAGAUUGGUCCUGAUGGAAACAAACUAUGGGGAGAUGAAAGCCAGCUCUUCGCCCAAGACAAGUAUCUUGAAAGACUGGGUCUUGAUCCAGCUAAGACAAUCCGCAUGUCUUUAAUCGAUACGCGGCGCGAUAAAGACGAACCUCUCGAUAAACUCGAUAAACUCCAGAUGGUUAUUCCAAAUACAUUGACUAAUUUCAAGGGAGGUGGCUUGAAUCUAAAGGUUGAAUGCCAUCAGACCAUCGAGGAAUUUGAUGAUAAUACUCCUGAUAUCGAUUACUACUAUUGGAAAAAUGUACAUGGUGAACCACAGUACCCGGCCUGCACCUAA